AUGGACAAAAGCUCAAAAGCGCACAAGGAUGCAUCGCCUCGCUCCACCCCGCGGACCUCGUUAUGUUUGUCCAGUCCCAUACCUGGUCUGGCCUUGCAUCACGGUGACCCGGGGUUUGACGAGACCUUGGAACGUGUGUACGCCGCCCCCGAGAGUAACGCCGCCGAGCAGCUUAUCGAGCUCAAGAUGCAGCUCAGGAGAGCGGGUUUAUACGAGUUCUGGACGUUGUUGAUGGAAGGUGUCACCAAGAUUACUGGCGCACAAUUUGGAUUUGUUUCGAAACGCAUCCUCGUGGACGACGAGCACUCUGCUGUUGAAAUGCCACCGAUAGGUGAGCCUGGUUCCUGCUUGAUGGGCGUAAUCCUUUAUUAUAACGACGGCCAUGGCAUCAAAAACGAGCAUCGAGACAGCAAGUAUUUUGCCUAUGGAGCUCCUUGUGGGCACAUGAAGCACGACAAGGUCUUCCUCGUUCCAGAAAAGCUCACCGAGUUUACCAAGGACAACCCGAACACUCUACCUUUUCCUUGCGAUGCUUAUCUGGGCGUCCCUCUCUUCGCAGAUGGAAGAUGCUUCGCUCACUUUGGUUUGAUGUGGACGGUGGAGGGAGCUCGGGCUCGCAACUUAGGUUGGGGCUAUCUCGAGAUGAUCCUCCACUCGCUUGAAGACAUUAUUCAGCAACGUAUUCUUGAUGGAGAAAGCUUCACAAAGACCAAGAAAUUGACUGAUGGUCGGAAUCAAGUUAUUCCUUCCAAUGCCGUCGCGAUUACACAGUCUUUGAAACCCUAUGCCCGCAGUCUUUCGCAUGAGUUGCGUACUCCCAUGCAGGGGGUCGUUGGGAUGCUGGAUGUGAUGCACGCUACCGUUCAGGAAGCAGUCGAAGGGCAGUCAAUUACUGAGGUUCGGGAGAUAUUUCAGGCAUUGAAGGAAAACAUCGAGGCUGUACAAGAUAGCUCCAGACGGGCCUGUGAUGCCGCGGACAACGUUAUCCAUGCAUAUGAUCUUAAUAUGGAAGUACCAGAUACGCCGCCGGGCGAUUUUGAAGAACCCAGCAUUACGAACCCCCUCGAGACUGAGAACGUUCCAUCAAAAUCGGCUGUUAAGCGGAACUUCGGAUUGCUUGAACCGGUCUCCUCCAAGAGACAAAGGAGUGAACCCGUUGACAAAUACCAUGAAAGCCCUCGGAAACGACGAAUGGCAGCAAAUUCGACAGCGUCAGCGCGACAACGAACCAGUCUCUCCCCGCGCAGUCGACGACUCAAGUUAGCGGUCAGAGAAGGCGAGGAACUCAUGAAUGGCUCGACUGGCAAUCACGCCGAAAGCAAUCAACUCGUCAAAGGACCGCCGCGGUUGACGCCGGUAGAAUACGCUCUUCAUGCCCUUGACCAAGGAGCAGCUAUUGCGCCUGGAUUUUGCCGCACCAAUAUUCGUGAAGUCUUGCACUAUGUCAUAAAUGAGUCGUUGAGGGUCGGUGGAAGGCCUGAGUCAGCCGUUGCUGAAGAUACUGCACGAGGAGAGCUCAUCGAGAUAAGAACACGAUCGUCCAGCGGACAACUCAACACCAAAAUCAUUGACUGGUCUGUGGAUCCGGCAAUGCCAGAAGUGUUGUUGGUUGAAGAUAGUGAUAUCGCCAAAUUGAUUUCCUGUGUAUUCUUGAACGCCUUGAAGUUUACAGAGCGAGGGAAAAUUGUCGUAACUGCAGUCAUGAGCCCAAAGUCCCGCUACCUUGUGAUCAAUGUCAAAGACACAGGGACCGGCAUACCAAAGAGCUUCAUUCCAAAGUUGUUCAAGCCAUUUGCCAGGGAAGAUGAUUCUAUCACCCGGCAACAAGAGGGACUCGGACUCGGCUUGCUCGUUGCCAAAGGGCUCGUCCGCAAAAUUGGCGGUGAUCUUAUCUGUGUCCGUUCAGAGACUUCAGGCCCGCACCGAGGUACCGAAUUUGAAAUACGGAUCCCAGCUUCAGUUGCGAAAGUACGCAGCACUCCAAGCACUCCCGUACAUACUCCCACGCCAACUGUACGGCCCACAGCUGCCGCAGAAGUAAUUGUUCAAGGGAAAUCUUCUGUUCGUCGAGGGUCGCGGAACGGUAUUAUUUCGGUCGACAAUCGUGCAAUCAAUCGUCCGACCUCAGUCGCAGUGCCACCUCCACCCAGCGGACUUAUUUCAUCGUCAAUAUUGCCCAGCCCGAAUCCGGCAUUGCAUCGCCGCAGUCCGACUGUUGCGAGAAUCCCACUUCAAAAGGGCAGCUUUGAUAGGGAACUUUCUAAGAGAUGUCCGCUCAAUAUACUCGUGGUGGAAGAUAACAUAAUCAAUCGCAAGCUGCUGGUCAAUAUGCUUUCAAAGCUGGGUUAUAGCAAGGUCUACGAAGCUUACAAUGGGGUUGAGGCUGUGCGGCAAAUGUCUAUUGAUCGUGGGCGCACCGGCGCUAUUGAUGUUGUUCUCAUGGACCUCUGGAUGCCAGUCAUGGAUGGAUACGAAGCCACUGAGAAGAUUUUAAGCAUGCAUCCCGGAGCAAAGAAUAGCAUCACCAUCUUGGCUAUAAGUGCCGACGGCACGACUGAAGCCAAAGAGAGAGCGGCACGCGUAGGAAUAAACGGAUUCCUCACCAAGCCAUACAAACUUCUAGACCUGGAGCGUCUCAUUAUCGAGCAUUGUGCGAAGAAGGCAGCAAAAGACGCUGCAAUAACCGUCGAAGACCAAAGUCCAUGA